AUGGCAGGUUUUACACCAAAAAUUUUUUGCGAAAAAUGGAAAGAGGUUCAGCAACGGUUAUCAAGCAAAUAUGUUCAACAAGUUUUAAUAAAUGAUUUUGAUGCAGAGAAGCUAGCCAAUUUGGUGGCCAUGAUUGCGUUGCAUUUAUACAUCGUUAGGGCUUUGCCGAACUUUUAUAACUUCGGACCACAAGCGCGAGAUUCUGCUCUGGCGAAAGAAGAUGAUGCCUUCACAACGAUCAACAUCAAUUUCGAAUUUCCUUUUUUCGGUAGAAGCUUUUCGCAGAUCCACAUCAGCACGAACGGAAUUAUAUUUUUCGGAGAAGGUAGCAGAGACUACAAGCCAAUACCUUUUCCACUUGUUGGUAUGCUCUCAGUUGCAGCUUACUGGGUUGACAGUGAUCCAAGGAUGGGUGGUAAUAUUUAUUACAGAGAAGAAUUUGAUCCCGUUAUUUUGAAUCAAAUAACUGAUUAUAUAAGAAACAAAUUUGUUCGGUUCAAAAAAUUUACAAGUACUUGGGCUCUGAUAGUGACAUUUAACGACGUACCUAGAUUUAGAUGUAGUGGAAAUGAAUGCCUCAACGUUGUCAAACAUCAAACUAUCCUAACAAGCAAUGGAAUACAUUCGUUUGUAAUCUUUCUUUAUAACAGAUUGGAUUAUUUUGGUGCUCAAAUUGGAUUUAAUGCAGGAGAUGGAAAAAGAUUUGUUUUAGCUGAUUACUCAAAUACGGACAAAAUAUCAAAAUAUGCUUUAGAAAAUAGCAAUGUUGGUUUUCCUGGAGAAUGGUUGUUUUCCAUAAGUGACGAAAUUACUGCAGCAUGCAAUUUAUUGGGAAUGUUGGAAAUAUAUCCUAAAAAGGUGCUUUAUUAUGGACAACAAGAAGUGUUCAUAAGUGGACCUUGUUUCGAUGAGAACACAAAAGAAGUUGAUGUAAAAAUUGGAAAUGAAGAUACAAUUAAAUGUCAAAAGGAAGAAAAUAAACUCAAAUGCUUGACUCCGUAUUUUGAUUCUAAUGUAAAAAUUCCUGUCAUACUAGAACACAACAAUGUGGUAUACAAAAGCUUUUUUCUAUCAUAUGAUACUGGAGAUUCACUCGUGCAAAGUUCAACGUAUGCCACGUUGAACAAGGCUGCUGGAGAUGAUGCCUAUUUAAACUGGGACCAAACAUUAUUUAGUGACGAAAUAGUAAUAUUAAGAGGAAUAAAACAAAUAGUUAAACGCAAUGCAAAUGGCUUUUUAAUUUAUGAAAAAGUAAAAAUUCUUGAAAAAAUCAGUAACACUGGGAGUUAUAAACUAACAACUGUGUCAAGCGAAUUUAACGACGAAUCAGUUCGUUAUUUAGUAAAUAUUGAAAGACAUGUUUUUGAAAUUGUGAAAGAAUUUUCAUCAUCCACAUUGAAAGAUGAAAGUUUGUGCAGCGACUGGUUUAAGAAAGAAAACCAUACAACUGAAAUAAAUGAAAUAAAAGAACGAGAAUCAAAACGAAAUCCUUGCCAACCAACUGUACCAGACAAUUUUCCAGAUCAACUUUCAGGAGGUUUCAUAAGAGAUAGUUCAUGCAAUCCAUCUUUCUUUGGUAAUAUCGGUUGCCGAAUUUUUCACAAAGGUGCUAAAGGGUGUUAUAGAAGUUUGAACAAUCCAAACAACAUAGCUGUCCAAUGUUGCUACAAUAGUGACAACAUGUUAAUUGUUGGUCCAACAGGUGGAGGAACAUUAGAUUUAUUUGAUUCUCAAAAAUCUAAAUGGGAACAUUUCAAAAUUGAUGUCUGGCCAUACUUACAAUGUUGCAUAUUUUCUGAUGAGUGUGACAAAUAUUAUGAAAAAAGACCUUCCGUUGAUUCCAGGCAUUACGUUCCACCACGUCCUGUGCCGGCCCGAGGUGAUCCGCAUUUCACUACGAUGGAUGGAACUUCUUACGAGUUCAAUCCGGUUGGAGAAUUCAUUUACUUGCAAGUACCAAACACCACCGUGCAAACGAGAAUUAAACAAUACGUAGACAAGAACAAUGUACUCAAACCAGCGAGCUAUUUUGCAGCGUUUGCCAUAAAAAUUUACGACUUGUCUUUACAGAUUGAAUUUACCGCAAAAAAUAAUUUACAAUUGAAAGUUGAUGGUGUGAUUUGGGACGAGGAAUCGUUAUCUUUACCAGAAGUGAAUGCAGUAAUCAACCCCACCCUCAUCAGCCUUUACACAAUAACUGGACUCAGUUUUCAGUUUUAUAGUUUGAAUGAUAUGCUUCAUGUUAUAGCAGCUUUACAACCCAACAUUAAAGGACAAGUCUCUGGUUUAAUUGGCAACUGGGAUGAUGAUCCGUCGAAUGAUUUCAUGUUGCCCAAUGGAACGUGGAUUCCAAAUACAUCCUCACCAGAGGACAUUCAUUACAUAUUUGGUAUGUCGUGGGCUACAACCGAGAAGACAAGUAUUUUCAGCUAUCCUGAUGGUUUGAAAUGGAGUGAUUACCAGAAUUCAUACUUUGUUCCAUUCUUUGGUCAGCCAUCAAACUCGUUCUCUCAGUGUGGCAACAAUUCUGAAUGUAUAUUUGACGCGUUCGUUACGGGAGAUGUGGAUGUUGGACUGACGAACGUUCAUAUUGAAGAAACUAUUAAUAGCCAAAUUACGGAAUACCAGCAUAUGCAAAUAACCUGCAGUCCCAACAUACACGUUGCCCAUGCCAAUGUCAACGCCGAACACAAUAGUGACUACACUCAAGUUGACUACUCAAUCGUAUGUGAGCCUGGCUACAUGUUGAGUGGAAAGUCUUCUGUGAGUUGUGUCGAAGGGAAAUACUCAAACGAAUAUGGAAGCUGUGUUUUACAUACUUCUUCAUCUUUGUACACACUGUUGUACGUAAUCAUUGCUGUUGUUUCAGUAAUUUUAUCCAUCAUUUUCAUGAAAUAUGGGCAUUUGCUAUUUCGUUAA